AAUCAUGAAGUUAUUGACACUUAUUUUCACCCUGGCAGUCGCCUCCGCCAAUGCCGCCAAGGAGGACGAGCCCGUGGACAUCAUCACUAAUGGCAGCCCGGCCUACGAUGGCCAGGCUCCCUACGUGGUGGGCAUGGCCUUCCACCAGAGCAAUCUCUGGUGCAGUGGCACCAUCAUCGCCGACACUUGGAUCCUCACCUCGGCCCAGUGCCUGACGGCCAGCUCCGGAGUUACCAUCUACUUCGGAGCCACCAAGCUGAGCGAAGCUCAGUUUGUGGUUAGUGUGGGUGCCAGCCAAUAUGUGACUGGCAGUGAGCACCUCGCCCUGGUACGGAUUCCCCGCGUCGGAUUCAGUAAUCGAGUGAAGAGUGUUGCCCUGCCGUCGCUGAGGGAUAGCUCCCAGAGCUACGAGAACAGGUGGGCCAGUGUCUGUGGCUAUGGCGUGACCACCUAUACCAAUGGACUCUCUGACUGGCUGCAGUGCGUCGACCAGCAGAUCAUGUCCAACAACGAGUGCGUCUCGUUCUACGGCUCCUCCACGGUCUCUAACCAGAUCCUUUGCACCCGAACUCCUGAAGGCAGAUCCCCUUGCUUCGGCGAUGCUGGCAGUCCACUGGUCACCAAGCAGGGCUCCACUCUGGUGGGCAUCUCCGCAUUCGUGGCCUCCAAUGGAUGCACACUGGGCUUGCCGGCUGGUUUUGCCAGGGUCACCGUCCAACUGGAUUGGAUUCGCCGGAACACUGGCAUCUCCUAUUAGGGAAGCCACUGGGCCUUGCAUUUUUCAAUAAAAUGUGUCUUUAAAAGAA